CCUCGUUCCAUUCCCCCUCCCCCCCUCCCCUCGCUCUCCUCUCCUCACAGCGCCUCCUCCUCUCCAAUCCCAAACCCUAACCCUUCAUCGACGGCGCCAUCGCCCGCGGCUUCUCCCCUUCAUCGACGGCGCCAUCGCCCGCGGCCUCUCCCCUUCAUCGACGGCGCCAUCGCCCGCGGCCUCUCCCCUUCAUCGACGGUGCCAUCUCGUCCGAGUACGAGCUGGAGGAGCACGUGUACGUCGGGGACGCAGCAAGGCCAGCGCGCCAUCGGUCCCGUCUUCCCUGGUUCCUCGCCGAGCGCCACGAAGAGGAAGAGAGAAUGGUGAAGGAGAAGGGGAAUGAGAAGGGAAAGGGUGCUGGUAAGGAGAAUGGGAAGCCGAAGGGUGCUGAAUACCGGAAGUUCCUUUUGAGAACAUUCGGGGUGUCAACGACAGAUGAAGAGAGUGCAGCAGCGGUCAUGACAACAACGUCACCUGGUGUGCCUGUCAUUGUGUUCCGUGGAGUAUCUGAUCUGGCUGGAGGGGGGGCCGCCAUGGUCAUCAGCAAGCCUGAUGAACCUGGCAUCAAUUAAUGCCCUUAAAGUGGCAGUGGAGUUCAUCGCUACAAUUGGCAGGCAAAAGUCAACAUCAUCAGUACAAAGUUCUAAUAAAUGAAACAAAAGAGAGCUGCAUGCCCAUCGAUCAGAUCUUUAAAACAGUUUCAAACAAUAAAUGGAGACUGCAUUCAGAGUGAGGAGCAAUCCUUAGCUUCGAAGUACAUGUAACUGACCAAUAGAAGAAAUAAGUGUUCAAUGUAUACUCAAUUCUAAACAUGCCUAUGUCGAUCCACUUUUAUUGGAAUAAUGCUGGAAUAUAAUGGUGAA